UAUUUGUUUAUAUUUAAAACGUAUAUUUAUAAUGUAUAUCGGUACAGAAUGUAAACUUUCUAGAUAAAUCGGUCAACGUAUUUUUUUUAUUUUAGUUUUUCUUUAAGAAAAAUACAUUAAUAACUCUGCGGGAUUGUCAACGAAUGGCAUUCGCGUGUUUCACGUAAAUGAUCGAAGGUGUUUGUCAACAUAGCGAAGAUAAUGAACUGUAAACAUUACUUAAGUUGAUGCAUUACAUUUGAUAAACUCGAAAUUAAGAUGAAAAGAACAAGAUUCUUAUUGUUUAGAUGUGAACUGGUUUUUAUUUGGUUGGAAAUAGUAUGCGGCGAAUCCGUAGGUCCUUUGAAGCUCGUAAGCAAGAAUUUAAUGGAAUCCAAACAGGACUAUUGUUUAAAAGAAGCCGAAUGCCGUGAAUUAAAUAACUUCACUUGCUUAGGGAUGACGUUGCCUUAUACAAAAACAUCCAACCAUUUUACCAGCUUAAACCAAAACGAUACUCAGGACAUUCUUAAUAAAUGGAAAGUACUUCAAAGUGUUCCUAAAUGCUGGUCUGUUAUUCAACCAUUAUUAUGUGCUAUAUAUAUGCCAAAGUGUGAAAAUGGUUUUGUUACACUUCCUAGCCAAGAAAUGUGCAACAUUACUAGAGGACCAUGUAGAGUUGUUGCCAAAGAACAAAAGUGGCCAAAUUAUUUAUUAUGUGAAAAUGAUGAUUUAUUUCCAUCUGGAUGUAAGGUAUUUAGCAAAAUCUUAUUUUGUUUAGUAUUUUUUCCCAAUAUUUUUCAGAUCACUUUCCUUAUUGAUUGGAAAAAUGCAAAUAAGUAUCCAGCAGUAGUUAUCUUUUACAUUAAUAUUUGUUUCCUAAUUAAUUGCAUUGGGUGGCUAGCUCAGUUUACUCCUGGUGCUAGAAGAAACAUAGUUUGUCAUCAAGAUGGUACGUUCAGACAAGGAGAACCAAGAAAUGGUUCAAACUUAUCUUGCAUUAUUGUUUUCAUUUUAACUUAUUACUCUCUGAUGGCAUCUAUUGUUUGGUUUGUGAUACUUGCAUACACAUGGAGCAUAUCAUUUCGAAAUGUGGGAAUUCCAAGAGAUUUAACAGAAGGAAAAGCAGCUUAUUUUCAUAUGGUAUCAUGGAGUCUUCCUUUAAUUUUAACAAUCACUAUAAUGGCUCUCAGUGAGGUAAAUGGAAGUUCUAUAUAUGGUAUAUGUUUUGUUGGGUAUAUAAAUCAGUCAGCUCGUGGAGGAUUUCUUCUGGUUCCUGUUGCUUUAGCUACUGUAAUUGGAAUAUUUUUUCUAUUGAGAGGUAGAUGGAAGUUCUAUAUAUGGUAUAUGUUUUGUUGGGUAUAUAAAUCAGUCAGCUCGUGGAGGAUUUCUUCUGGUUCCUGUUGCUUUAGCUACUGUAAUUGGAAUAUUUUUUCUAUUGAGAGGAUUAAAAAAAGCCUUCUUAUAUUAAUUAAAGUAAAAAUAAAAAGUGGAGAAAUUAUUAAAGACAAUAUGAAUAUGAAAAUUCAGUACAUGAUUAUCAGAAUUGCUAUUUUUACCUUUCUUUGUUUACUAUUUGUAUCAUUUUCUUUUGGAUGUCAUAUAUACGAAUAUAAGUACCAACAAGAAUGGAAGAACAGUUUGUGGAAAUAUAUUGUUUGCUCAGCCAAGAAGGCAGCAGAGAUGCACGAAAACAAAAGCACCUGCUCAUUUAAGAAUCGCAUGAGUCCAAUGGUCAUUUAUCUUCAUCUGAUAUCUGUGUUUGGCACUGGUAUAUUGAUGUCAUCUUGGGUGUGGACCGCAUCAUGUGUUAAUGCUUGGAAACGUUUCUUUUAUCGGUAAGAUAGUUAUCAAUAAAAAUUUUACAAA